UGCAAAGAGGUCAAGGCCGUAACUUACCCAAACUUGUGAAAACGCCGUGUGAAUAAUUUCAAUAAAAAGGACAGAUUAAAAGAUGAGCAUGUGAAUUUACUAUAUGAAGUAAAGUUUUACUGAGAAAUUAUCAAGUACAAUUGCUGUUGCUGAUCUCGAGUUCAAAAGAUUAGAAAGAACAGCCAUGUCUGCAAGAAGAAUUAAUAAGAUGCGUAAUCAGGGACAAGGUGGUGGAGCACGCGUUCAUUACGUACGCGCUGAUAUUGUUACACAGAAAAGAAAUGAAAGAAUGGUACGAGACGCGUACAGACGUGAACAUAAAAUGAGUUCUUACUUGGCUGAUGAUGAGAAUUUUCCAAGUUUCCGCACUCAGUUGGCAAAACUUGGAUUAGAGUUGAGAGAUAUACCAGGUGACGGUAAUUGUUUAUUCCGAGCACUUGGAGACCAGUAUGAAGGACAUGUACGCAACCACUUCCGUCAUCGUCAAGAUGUUGUUAAGUAUAUGACUGAUCAUAAACAUGACUUUGAGCCGUUCCUCAGUGAUGAUACCACAUUUGAAAGACACAUUUCCGGACUUCAGAAGCUUGGAACAUAUGCAGGAAAUGAUGCAAUAGUAGCUUUUGCUAGACUACAUGAAGUGAAUGUGAUCAUACACCAACUCAGUUCACCUUUCUUGAUGAUCCAGGGAGUAAAUGUAAGUUCGCCAACAACGAGACAACUUCAUAUAGCCUAUCAUAAUGGGGAUCACUACUCAAGUGUUAGAAAAUGUGGCGAUAAUACAGAAUCUCAGACCAACAUCCGAUUAAAGCUUGGUGAGGAUGACCUGAAAACAGCUAGGACAGAUUUUGCAAGUGGUAACUAUAGUGAUGAUGGAGUAGUGAGGGCCGUUAGAGACACUGUACGUCUUGCAGAGGAAGUCAUGAAUGCAACAGGAUGUUCUGAUGAGCAGAGAGUGUUAGAAUGUCUCACCGACUGUGAUUAUGAUGUUGAUGCUACAAUAGCCUAUGUUCUACAGACAAUGGAAACCACACAGGACUUCAGAGAUGACACUACCUCGUUAGCCUCGCAGAUGACCUCCACAGAUAGCGGAAUAUGGUCCGAGAGUAGUAAUACACCUACAAAACAUGAGGUCAAGGUCAAUUCCACCGCUAAUCACAAUGGUUCACAGGUCAAAGGUCAUGGUAGAGAGGAUAGUUACGGAGGCAGUUCUGGUUAUGGUUCACUAAAUAGCCAGGGUGGAGCCAGACCGAAAGAGUUUCAAGAGCCAAAGGCACCAGUUCAACCAUCAAGACCAAAUAGUAAGCAGACAAAAAAGAUGAAAAAGAUGGAGAAGAAGAAGAGAGCAGAGGAAAAACACAAAAUGAAAAUUCAGGGGAUGAUGCCCCAACCCAGUGUUGAUGAUAAUGAUGAUGUUGUAAUGGUUGUGGCUAAAGACCUGCAAAUGGCAAAAAUAUAAAGGUGGAGAAAUAUAGAAUAAAAAAAAUCAAGGUGUGAUACCAGUAUGUCAAAUAAAAAUAGUGUUGGUGAUAGAAAUUAACUAAAGCUAAAGUAAAAUAUAAACGUAAAGAAAUACGGGAUGAAAAAUUUGAAGGUGUGAUACCGGUAUGGUAAAACAAUAUUGGUGAUCAUUAUUUAGUAAUGUUUGUAGCUUUUAAAAGAUCUACAAAUGGCAAAAAAAAUAUAAAUAAAAUGACAUUGUUAAAAUUGUAUUCCUAAGAUAAUCUUCUACUUAUGUGAUAUUUAUGUAUAUGUCUUGCUUAAUGACUGUGAGUAUGUGAUAUACAUUUUUUUGUGACUUCAUGAUGUUUCAGUUUAAUUAUGUGAUAUUACUGUGUAUAGCCUGCUGAAUGAUUAUAUAUAUAAUGUAUAUAUACCCUAUCAAAGGACAGUUAUAGAUAUCUUACACUGCUUAUUAAUCUGUAUAUGUUGUAGACAUGUUACACUGCUGAUUAAUCUGUAUAUACCGUAUCAAAUGGCAGUUGUAGACAUGUUACACUGCUGAUUAAUCUGUAUAUCCUACCAAAAGACAGUUGUAGACAUGUUACACUGCUGAUUAAUCUGUAUAUGUUGUAGACAUGUUACACUGCUGGUUAAUCUGUAUAUAUCCUAUCAAAUGGCAGUUGUAGACAUGUUACACUGCUGAUUAAUCUGUAUAUCCUACCAAAAGACAGUUGUAGACAUGUUACACUGCUGAUUAAUCUGUAUAUGUUGUAGACAUGUUACACUGCUGGUUAAUCUGUAUAUAUCCUAUCAAAUGGCAGUUGUAGACAUGUUACACUGCUGAUUAAUCUGUAUAUCCUACCAAAAGACAGUUGUAGACAUGUUACUCUGCUGAUUAAUCUGUAUAUGUUGUAGACAUGUUACACUGCUGGUUAAUCUGUAUAUAUCCUAUCAAAUGGCAGUUGUAGACACGUUACACUGCUGAUUAAUCUGUAUAUACCCUAUCAAAUGGCAGUUGUAGACACGUUACACUGCUGAUUAAUCUGUGUAUACCGUAUCAAAUGACAGUUGUAGACACGUUACACUGCUGAUUAAUCUGUAUAUCCUACCAAAUGACAGUUGUAGACAUGUUACACUGCUGAUUAAUCUGUAUAUCCUACCAAAUGACAGUUGUAGACAUGUUACACUGCUGAUUAAUCUGUAUAUACUGUAUAAAGGGACAGUUGUAGACAUGUUACACUGCUGAAUGAUAUGUAUAUACGCUGUCAUAUGACAGUUGUAGACAUACUUUAUGUAUAUACCCUAUCCAGUAACACUUGUUGACAGUUCCAGUGUGUAAAUACCUUACUGAAUGAUAUGUAAAUACCUUAUCAAAUGAUGAUUGUAGAUAAAUUAUGUAUGUGAAUAAAUGUAUGUCAGUGUAUACAUAACAUGAUUUGACCCAGAUGAAUGCUGGCUUUGUACAUAUGUUAUGAAGAUAUGUGUACAUUUCUAAAUGACAGUUUUAUACACAUGUGUGUUGAUGCACAGAAGUAUUAUAACUGUAAAUAAAUAAGCAUAUGCUGCAUUUUC